CAAUUACUCUUGGGAAUGUUGUAGCAAUGUUGAAGAAAAAACUAACCCUGUUGACGACAAGAAAGAAGAAGAUGAGUCAACGUUGUUGCUGGCACUCAGGGAAGAAGACAUGGACGAUUGUAGCUCGUGGUAUUUAGACAAUGGCGCAAGCAAUCAUAUGUGUGGAUGCAAAGAGAAAUUUGUGGAGAUCAAUAAAACGUGAUCAAGCUGCAGAGGUAGAAUUGGAUGAUGUCUGGUUCGCCUAUCCAUCCCGUCCUAGCCACACGAUCCUCAAGGGUAUAACACUGAAGCUGCCAUCUGGUUCAAAGGUUGCACUGGUUGGUCCAAGUGGUGGUGGAAAGACUACAAUAGCAAAUUUGAUAGAAAGAUUUUAUGAUCCCGUUAAAGGGAAGGUCUUGCUCAAUGGGGUUCCUCUGGUUGAAAUAUCUCAUAAGCACCUACACCAUAAGGUUAGUAUAGUGAGCCAGGAACCUGUUCUUUUCAACUGUUCCAUCGAAGAAAAUAUUGCCUAUGGAUUGGGUGGCAUAGCAAGCACUGAUGAUAUAGAAAAAGCAGCUAAAAUGGCGAACGCUCAUGAAUUUAUAUCCAACUUUCCUGAAAAAUAUCAAACCCAUGUUGGAGAACGAGGAUUGAGACUUUCUGGUGGUCAGAAGCAGAGAAUUGCAAUUGCUAGAGCGCUGCUGAUGAACCCAAAAGUUCUAUUGUUGGACGAGGCUACGAGCGCUCUGGAUGCUGAAAGUGAAUAUCUUGUUCAGGAUGCCAUGGAUUCCCUAAUGAAAGGCAGAACCGUUCUUGUCAUAGCUCAUAGGCUUUCGACUGUCAAGAGUGCAAACACUGUGGCUGUUGUUUCCGAUGGUCAAAUAGUGGAAAGUGGCACACAUGAUGAUCUUCUAAACAAGAAUGGGAUCUAUACAGCACUAGUGAGGAGGCAAUUGCAGGGACACAAAUCUGAUAGCUAGUUCUCAGCUUUAUUCAAAGCCAAGUGAUAGACUGAGUUAGCAAGAAGAAAUGUUCAAUGAAUUUGCAUUCACAUAUAGAAAGUGUAAGGAACAGCAAUCAUUCCAUAAAUGACGAUUUGUAAACAAUAGUUCGAUAUCAUAUGUGCAAAUCAUGCAUUUUAACCAUUUCAAAACUUAGAGUAAGCCAUCUAAACUACCUUCAUGUAAAAUGGUGUUUGAGUGAGUUAUGAGCAUCCCCCAUGUCAAUCAAACCUUGGAAUUGGCUGGUUUGCAUCUAAA